AUGACGUCAUCGCGCCACCGCGUCUCUGCAAUGGAGCACCGCGAUGGAGGAGGCGACGGCGGCUACGGCGGCGUUGGCGGCGAGGAGUUCGCGCAGUGGCGCGUCAAGUACGCGGAGGCGCGCCGCCUCUCCGAGGUCGAGGCGAAGCGCGACCCGCCCGGGGAGCCCUUCAAGUCCAAGUACGCGGCGCGGGAGCUGCUCUACGAGCUCAAGCGGGCGCUGAGCGGGCGCGGCGAGGGGGGAGGAGGAGGAGGCGGCGACGAGGAGGAGGAGGAGCAGCGGCAGCAGCAGCGGGAGGAGGGCGAGGGGUGGGAGGCCACCGGGGCUGCCGCUCCGGGAGGUCGCGGGGAGCGCCUGCUGAGCGCCGCGCUGGAGCUGCAGAUCGGGGUGAACCUCAUGGAGACGGAGGAGCUGGCGGGCGCCGAGGAGCACCUGGAGGCGUGCCUGAGCGGCCUGCGCGCAGAGGGGCUGGCGCCCGACGCCGUCUCCGUGCUCAUGCACGCGCAGAAUCAGCUGGGCAUUCUGUGGGCAAACCGGGACGACAUGAGCAAGGCACGAGUCCUUCUUGAGAAUUCCGAGGCCCUUUACAAGACCUUCAUGAAAGAGGUUGGAACUCCUCCAUUAGACAUCCACGACUUGUUUACAAAAGAAGAUGACAAAUGCUCGGAGCAACAACGAAGAUUAAGGUUUGAGCUUGCGCACACCCACACCCUCUACUACCUGGCUCAGGCGUACAAGAGCGGCGAGGAGAACGAGAGGGCUGCACGCUACUGCCAUUUGACACUGCAGCGUCAACUCCAGUGGCAGCACUACGACCCUGUUGAGUGGGCGACCAAUGCCGCCACUCUCUCCCAGUACUACGUGGCCCACCAACGGUACCGCGUGGGCCGGCACUGUUUGGCAGCCGCAGAGGUGGUGUUGGGUCAGGCCAAGACUCCUGUGGACACCGAGGAGGCGGAAGAUAUGGACUGCGCGCAGAGGAUUGCCCAACGACAGGCGGAAGUGGCGCGCUGCUGGAUCAAGUACUGCCUGAACCUGCUGGAGGACUCGCGCAAGCAGCUAGAGGAUGACAUCAGCGAGCUGGACACUGAGCGGCAGUCAGAAUUGCACGCAGAGCGUCAGCGCCAGCACGAGCAGGGUAAUGGUGACAUGGACGGGGACUGGAAUGGAAACAAUGAAGGUAGCGACGGUGCAGAUAUAAAGUUCAGCAGCCUGGUGAGUGCUGCCGAUAUGUUGGAGGCCUUGGCGGGAGCAGAAGAGCGUGUUCCAUGCCGCAAAGCACUCAGUUUCCAGGAGGCGCGAGAAAUAUUCCUGUUUGGGCAGGCACGUGUGACACAAGCCAAGGAAUUCUUCGUGCUGGACGGCCAUGCCAGUGACUACGUGCAGAUAGUGCGCGAUCAGAGUGCACUGUUCAAAGCACUCGCCUUCUUCGAGGAAGAUCUGGAGCGGCGCUGCCGCAUGCAGAAGCGACGUGUGGACAUGCUGGAGGGCCUCUACACGCAGCUCAACCCCCAGUUCUACCUGACGGCAUGUCGCCAGCUGUGCUUUGAGGUGGCUGACACGUACUACGACAUGAUGGAUCUCAAGGUGGCGUUGGCGAACCACGCGGAGCAGUUGCAGCCACACACCGUCAAGAAGAUCAAUCUGCUGGCACGCGCGGCCCUUACGCACUACCAGAAGUUCCUGGACUCGCUCUGUAACUCGCGGGGCGAAACGCCAGCAACGCUGGACAUCGACGUGGUCCGCCCGGCGCUUGUGGCAAAGUUCCGCAUGGGUCGGCUGCACAGCAAAUUGAUGGUGUCCGACACGGCGAGCAGGCUUGCCAACGCGCGCCUGUCGCUCGAGUGUUACCGUUAUGUGGUGGAUUACUGCGACCAGAAUCCAGACGUCGAGGAAGUGGCACAGCCCGAGCUGGAGCUCAGCAGGGAAAUGGUCACUCUGCUGCCUGCCAAGAUACAGCACAUGGCUGCUGGCAGCCAGGUCUUCAACUAGAGCCGUCACAUGUGUGUGUUUCCUGUACAUGACUGCAAGAGCACUAUUUCCAAUUAUCUAAUCAUGGGGAACUACAUCUAAGUGUUUGACGAGUCUGUAAUUGGAGUGAUACAAUUUUUUUUUAUUUUCAAGUGAGGGUUUAGUUUUUUUGCAUGCCAAUUUGUUAAUUUAAACGGGUCAAAAUCAGCCUCUAUGUUCUCAUUCUUUUGACCGCUAUUAUUUCCAAUAAGUGCUCCAAUACAAUGUAAUUUUGUUUUUUAUCAUUUGCAGAAUGCACGGUCCUCAGACCACCUUAAGCUUGGUUGGUGGAUAGUUUUCAACCAUGUGCUUCGUUGUCUGUAUUGUGCCGCUGUUACAGUUCUGGUUGUUGCGUAAGCCCAUCCAGUGCAGGCUUGCUACAAACAGGCCUUGGCCAGUUUGGAACCUGGUUUGAGCAGAGUCAAGGCACGGCGCCGAAGUUCAAACCCAGCUGGGCAGAUUGUGGGGUCGUCCACGAGGAUUCGGUUCCUGUUGACGUUGCAAGCCACUCGUGCCACGAAGACCUUGAUGGUACAUCCUGGCGUGGUACGUUGGUCCACGGUGGGUGCCGUGAUGACAGUGCAGCAGUAGGUGGGCUAAAGAAAGCAACGUGCAGCACAGACUUUGGUUGUCGCAAAUCCUCUCCCGGUAGCGUGCCAUUCGCAGCCUUCCGACGGAUAUAUGGAACUGGUGGCUAAGGGGGAUGGGAGUUGGUUGAUGAGCUCCUGAGAUGACGCGCAUUGCCUAAUGUGCGGAUCGUGUCUCACCCUCUUGUCUUUUGAGGCAAAUGUUCAGUUCGUGGCAGCACUAGCGUUGUGACGAUGUAACACGCUCGACGCCAUCUUGGUAACACUUGGCAGAAGACGCUGCAUCUUCCAGCAGCCUGGCAGCCUGUUGGUGUCAUCGUUUAGUGGGUGUGUGGGAGGUUGUUGGUGUAGUGGUUAAACAAGGUAGCUACAAGCAUGUGGCUAAGGAUUUACCUCCUCAGAGCAUUUGUUUUUCCCCAUGUAUACUCUGAACCACCUGUUAUGCAGAAGUAGUUUGAUGAUAUAAACCACACAUCUCAGCAGGAUUCUGAACAUCUUAAGGAGGCCACUGUUCCCGACUGUCAUAGGCGGUUGUCAGGUUCAGUAAAGCUGCCAAUGUCUUCAAGUAAAAAAAAAAGUUCUCGAUUCAUGUUGUAGGCAUCAGCACUUGUUCAUAUGUGCUGUAGCCUCGUCAGAAGCCAGCUUUGUUUGACACUCAGGAUAUCUUCCACUUCUGGUGAUCUAUGUUGGAGGAUUGGACAUUGCAAGACUUUGAAGCACACGGAGGGCAGUGAUGUCGGCCACUUGCCCGCAGCAAGGGUUAAGUCUUUGUUCAGUUUGGGAAAGGGCGACGACUUUUAACUUGUGGUAGAUCUUGGUUUGACGUGAACGUUGCGCAACUUUGUACCGGUGGCUGCCGAGCCGCUUCCAGGUCGACGAAUUAAGACUCCCCAUUUCCGACUAAAUCUGGUGAAGCCAAGCUCCUCUGUUGCCGCCUCCUAUCUGGGACAUCUGGUGAUUCAGUGAGAUGGUCUGAUACCACUGGGUCGCCGGAUGACCCGUACCACUCGAGUAAUGCUUGGAAUGAGGGACGCUACAGGGGCGGGAUGUUAACUCCCUCGCCUGGUAUGAAGGAGGUCAUGGGUUCGAUCCCGACCCUGACGCCUGUUAUAUAUUUGGAGUUUGCGUGUGCCUCCCUGUGGUCACAUGGAUUUUCCUCUGGGUCCUCCGGUUUUUCCCCCCACAUUUAGAAUCAACGUGUGUUUUAGUAUUUGGCUGUGAUACAUUUCCACGUGAUAAGCCACUUCGUUGAGCAAUAAUUUGUGACCAGGUCGCUUUACAUCUCAGUGGGCCUUACCUGGUAAAAUAAAAAAAAGUUUUACUUUAAGUUGAAGGCAUCGACGUGUUUAAUGGAUGGAUUCCUCGGUUGGAAUGAGUUUCCUGUAGACAAAUAUGUUAGCGGUAUGUUGACAAGUGAUAAAUGCUGAUGAAGCUGCUGACAGAACCUCGACAUUAAGUUUUAUAACUGGGAGUGCAGCCCCAACGGCAUGGACACCGGAUGGUGGUUGCAUCAUUGGCUUCCCCUGGCGAGACCUGGGUACUGAUGGGAGGUGUGAUGUGAACUGGUGAGCGUCUCGCCAGCAACUAAUUCACAUUUGGAAUGUUAUAAUGUAAAAUUCCAGUUCGAGGUGAACUUGGGUUUUUUUUCCUUGUAGAAAGUUUGAUUACGUUUUUGGAAAAUAUUAAAUAAGUUUAUGGAUAAUCAACAGUAAUUAUUCAAUGAUUAUAAUCAUUAUAAUCAUUGGACAAUAACACUAUGUAACACACUUUUUGUUCCUGGGUAGUAAGUGUUAUUUCGUAAUUGCUUAUGCCUCAAAAGUACAGAAAAUGGCUAUUAUUUCCCACAAACUUUGCUUUUGUGACCAGGACAGUGAUAUUUUGAAAUUACCUAUUUUCAAUGAGAAAAUGGGUGAAUUUGUGUCUUUUCGUUCACAUAAAGUCAGAAAAAACAACAUAUGAAUCAAAAUGAACAUGUAUUUAUACUAAAGUAAUACAACAUUUACUACAAAAGGUUUAGACACCAAGGCGCACUACCACAGGCGGGACUAGCCACAGCAGACCGAGUUCUCUGUGGGGAGGAACAACGUCAAGUGAGAGCCACUGGUGGACCCCCACUGCACAUCAAAUUGGGCCUUAUGAAACAAUUUGUCACAGCCGUAGAUAAGGAGUUGGCAGCCUUCAAGUACCUUCAAGACUUCUUCCCUAAGCUGUCUGAGGCAAAGGUCAAAGCCGGUGUCUUCGUCGGACCACAGAUUCUGGAGUGAAAUGAAUUCCCCAAGAAGCUCACUAGUAAGGACAAAGCGGCUUGGAACAGCUUUGUCGCAGUGGUUCGUGGCUUCCUGUGUAAUCACAAGGUUGAAAACUACGUGGAGCUGGUUCAGUUUCAGUUCUGUACUUCAACAAACAAACAUGGCUUAACCAUACGUUUUUGAAAUCACCAAAAUAAAGCUAUAGAAACAAUGUAAUAGUAAUCAUAGGAACUGUGAUGCAAAUUGAACAAUAAACGAUAUACAUAACAUGUACGACCCAUCUUUGCAGCCAUAGCUGGCAGCAUGAGUCACUCCAUAACAGCAGUAGUAUUAAACAUUUUCAAUGCACCUUUAAAGAUCAACACACUAUAAUCAAAACUCAAGAUCAUACUUUGCAGCAGAUAUCCGGAGAGAUGCAUUUGAUUUCAGGCCACUCAGCAUAGCAGUGGCAACUGGGGGUGUACAGCUUCUCAAGAACAGUUUUGAGUGCAGAUCUCACGGGUAAUGAUCCAAGUUUCAGUUUAUUGGCGAUAGCAUUCCAGACUCUGGGGGCAUCAACAGCAAAGGACCUUCCUCCAGUAUUUGUACGGCAAUAAGGAAUGUGAAGCUGGUAAAUCAGCGAGAACCUUAGGUCACAUUUGUUCUUAAAACACCAUCGUGAAUAAAUAAGAUCUUAUGCACAAGCCAUCAAUCAUUAAGAGAUGUUACGUUUGACCCAAUGUAGAGAUCGCAGUGGUGGGUCCUAUAUGAGCAGUUAAAUGCAAAUCUUAAGGCCGAGUGAUACAUUUACAGAGGUGUGGACUCGAGUCAUGUGACUUGGACUCGAGUCAGACUCGAGUCAUGAAUUUGAUGACUUCAGACUCGACUUGGACUUGCAUAACAAUGACUUUGUCCCACCUCUGAGGUGUGGACUCGAGUCAUGUGACUUGGACUCGAGUCAGACUCUAGUCAUGAAUUUGAUGACUUCAGACUCGACUUGGACUUGCAUAACAAUGACUUUGUCCCACCUCUGUACAUUUAUAUCGGCUGGGUAAUUGCUGGGGAGUUGCAGGGUGCUGGGUAUUUGCUGGGUAGUUGAGUCGGUGAGUCACGAAGCCUGCCUCUUGCCUGAAUCGCCCGUCUUCUAUGCAUCUACGCUGCUAUACACUACAAUACACUACUAUAAACUACUACUACUACACUACUAUAUCAACUACUGUAUAAACUACCAAGUACUCUAUAAACGACUACAUUUAAUCUAACCUGAUCCUGCAGUACAUACACUAGAGAGUGGGGAAGGCGACCAACCGCCAUAUUUAGCAGUGUGAUGAGACUGGUGAAGAACUAUUGGACGAUGGGCUGUAGGAUGCCCCUCAGUCCAUAUCCUUGAUGCUCAUCUUGAUAAAUUCAAGGAGAACAUGGGAGCGUACUCGGAGGAGCAAGGCGAGCGCUUCCACCAGGAUAUACUGGACUUUGAACACCACUACCAAGGACAGUAUAACGAGAACAUGAUGGGGGCUGAUUCGUCAACGUGAUUUAUAGUAUAUUCGUAAAUCUCGAAAUACGCAUAAAUCUUUUGUAGUCAUUUUUGUAUUACUUUAGUAUAAAUACAUGUAAAUUUUUAUUCACAUGUUUUUUUUUUUACUAUGUGAACAAAAAGACACAUUCGCCCGUUUUCUCAUUGAAAAUGGGUAAAUGUCAAAAUAUCACUGUCCUGGUCACAAAAGCAAAGUUUGUGGGGAAUUAUAGCCAUUUUCUGUACUUUUGAAGCAUAAGCAAUGAGGAAAUAACACUUAUUACCCAGGAACAAAAAAAAUUGUUACAGUGUAAUUAUUGGUUCCUGCCAUAGGGAUUGCCAAUGGAGAUAAUCACCACUCAAUGCUGUUAAAAACCCUUUUACAUUCUGAGACGACAGCAAGUUGCAGGAUGUGGGUGUCCCGUUCACUGCUGACUCUCUGAGCGCCCAAGCGCCUCAGCGUUAAUUUUAUUCAGAGAGUUGCAGCACCGUUUUUUUUAAUACACUACUCACCGCAAGGAACUGUAGCGUCACAACCGCACUCUAUUGGAGCUGGUGCCAAACUGGGCCACGCCCUCCCGCGUGGCCUUGCAUGGCUUUGUGGGAGCCUCGGUACCGAUAAAGUUAUUCUUUAACUUUCUCGAAAGCUUCACAUCUUGAAUGAAAGUUAUUCUGUUUCGUUUUUCUUCCGGUUUUGUUUUCAUGAUGUACACGUACGUCAUCGGAAUGGGAAAUGGUUAAAUACAGGGACAUUGAAUGUGAUCUGUCAAUUUAAUUAAUCAAUCAGCAAUUCAGGAUGCGACUUGAUAGUAAUAGUCACUUUUAGAUACAUCUUUGGUUGGUCAGGUUUGGUUCAUCCAAUAAAUAAAUCUCGUGCUCAUUAAUCGUAUUUUGUCAUAGAAAUGCCUGAUUAUGCAUGAGACAUUAUAUAGCAGUUGAUAUAAUGUGGUGGUGGUUGGUGGCUGAAAGGAUAGUAGUAACUUGUUCAAGUGUCUGUGAAUGUCGUUGAAAUACUAGAGGCCAAGCUGCUUUUGGUAGUUCUUAUGUGUUUGUAUUGUCAUAAAGAAGGAACAAAUGGAAAGGUGUGGUGGUAUCAAUUGCAUUGGCGAUGAUCUCAUAAAUUGACCUUCAACGGACUGUUGGAGUUUGUCAAGGCUGAAUGGGAGAUUUGGUAUACAGACAAGCUCAUUCGCUCGCCUAUAAAAUGCGGAGCCUCAAUUAAAAAAAUAAACAAUUGUGGCAAUAGCUCAGUGGACCAGCAAAUUCUCAAUCUUGACGUUCUGCAUAUAGUUACUUGCUAAAAUAACAAUAUUAUAUUUUAAUACUGGCAAGAAAGGUCCCAUAUUAAUUACUGGUUAAGUCUGUUCAUCCAUUCGUCUCUUCGAGGUCAAUACAAUUAAUGCCUCUAGGUGAGCACCGUUUUGUGUAAAGUUCAAAGUUGGUUCAUGGAUCGAGUUGUCUACCAUGUAAGUAAUUGGAAUGUACACCACUGGCUUAAGACCAUCAAAGGAAAUUGAUACUGCUUGGUGUUCUUCAAGGCAUGGGAGGCACUGAUUGGACGACGCUAUGCUCACCCAAUCCUCUCAAACUUGGUAAGCUUAGCAGUGUUGAUCCUGGAGAGUGCUCGUGUGGGUGACCACCAUGCAUGAACAGGCGAUCUAGGGCAGUGCAGCAAGAUCCACGUCCUCUACUGCGCACACCUUUACCAACCCACACCGACCAGUGCGGUGAAGUCUGGCCAAAUAACCCUCACUGCCUGCACGGCAUGGGGAGCCCUCAUCCAGCAGCGGAUUGACAAAUGGGUUGUUCGUUAAGAUGGAAUUAGCAUAAAGUAGAAUCGAUGCUAUACUGAACUUUAAUAUUUAACAACGUAAUCUGUAAAAUGUCAAAUAUAUUGUCUAGACUGAGCUGCUAUGUAUAUACUGUAAAUAUUUUCUGUUAGGCUACCCUGUGAGUUCAUAUUUUCCCAUAAUGCUGUGAAAUGUUAAUAUUUAUAUAUUUUUCAUCUUUGCACGUAUUAUUUAGAGGUUGCCGGGUGGCUUAAGAGUGCCGAGCCAGCACUACCGAGGGCCAGGCUUUAUCAGAAUCAGAUAUCCAGGGCAGUGUAUGAUCUCACCCUUGGUUACCACUGACUGCACCCAAUUUUUUUUAUUUGGUCUUGCACUGAAUUUAUAUCGGGUUGACUGUCACGCAAUGAACAUUUACUCCCUGUAGUAGACUGGGUGGAAAGGUGCCCCCUCCAAAGAUAUUUGAGAAGUAGUUCUGUGACGGCUCCUUCUGCAGGCCACUCUAACAUGGGGUGAAGGAUUCAUCCAGGAGAGUUCUCAAUUAAUCCUUUGUCAAUUGACAUGAAGUUGAAAGUGUCAUUGAGAUACAAAUAGAAUUGUGUCAUAAAUGUUUUUUUCACAUUGUGCUCGUGUUUUCAGAUGGUAGGAAUUCUAUCGUUGAUGUUUUUGUUGCAAAUUGUACGUUCUUUCUUGUGCACUGGAUUCUCGUUGAUUUUUAAGUAGCACCACUUCAUCAUGAACAGACAUUGUCCAAGCAUCAUAAUUGUUUCUCAUAUAUGAUUAGUUUAUUUUUAAAACACCGCUUAGCAGCCAGUAUUAACCUAUUAUCUAAAUGUGUAACGUCAAGGGGAUUUAUUAUAAAAAAUAUUGCAAGUGCAUUUAAAAGUAACACAAGUACUGUUGUUGCAAUGUCCUAUUUAAUUGCAUAUUGGAAAACGUGUACGUGGGGUUUAGUGUUGUGGCUUUGUGUCUGUGCUCGGCUUGUACAAUAUUACACUUGUACCCCUGCUUCAAGGAAGAUGCAAACCCAAAAAACAAAUAGCUAUUAAUACAACAUAUACUUACCAAGACUGUGCUGGGCAGUCCAAAAUAAGCUUGAAGUCAUGUUAGUAAGGAAAACAGACUUUAUUCAGAAUUAUAGUGACAUUCCUUCAGUGAGAAUGCUUAGUUUAAAUAAAAUAACAUAUUUUGGUGUUGCUUCUUCCUAUAAUCUUCACAGGAAAUAAUAUUUGUGAAUGCUUGAAUGCAGCUUUUUUUGUUAAACGAAUAAAGAAGUCGCAUGGCACAUUCAUCGUAUUGUCUGUGAUUGUCACUGCAACUAUCAAGAGUCAGGCGAUGAAUGUUAUUGAAUGAUUUGUAGGUUUCGAGUGAGUUGAUAGGGGUGAUAAUAAUUACAAGUUAUUUUUCUGUACCGUUUUCGGGUUCUCUAUUACGCAUUUAGUUGUAAUAACCCUAUUCUAAAAUGUAAAAAGAGAAGAUAUGAUUGGCCAACAAUUAAAGGCAAUCGGGGACAUUGUGUUUGGACCAAACAUAGCAGAGCACAUUAUCUGCAUGGCAUACCUGUCAAAACUAAUAACAGUUCAUACUUACAACUAAACUUCCGACUGUUUUGGCGUUCCAUGACAAAACCUAUAAGCAGCAAGACGAAUACAUUUUUAAAAAUCCCAUCUUGAGCAAAACAUUUUAUAAACACUAUUUUAAAAAGAUGUGGUCUAGCUUCCAGUAAGUUACGUCAGGUGGGUCCACCAUUGUUACUCCAUUGUGGUCUAAGUUCCAAGAUUCGUCAUUGCCUACAAAGGAAUGCAUACUUGUGAUAAGCUAUGAAAACCAGCUUGUUAAAAAAAUACUGGGGUCGAAGUCAGGUUUCGUCAAGAAAAACGAAGGCAUUGAGGAGUGUCUAUACCAGCAGUUAUUUCAUGUUCUGUUUUAUUCACAAGGACUUGAGGUGCAGUCGUUGCACAGUGAGAAUUACAUUUAUCAGGGGUGACGGUCAUGUGGU